AGCUGAUAGUAACUUGAUUGAUUGAUUGCUGGUCGCUAUAUAAAGAGGGAUCUGGUUGCACCUGCACCAAUAGCAAUCGAUCAUCGGAGUUGAAAGCAUGACGCGGGCCAUUCUUCAGCUGUUUCUCGGUGCGAUUCUCCUGGUGAACCUGAGUCUUGCGGGGACGGCGAGGCGACCACGCCUCGAUGGACGCAUUGUGGGCGGUGAGGUGACCAGCAUAAAGGACAUUCCCUACCAGGUUUCCCUGCAGCGGGGCUAUCAUUUCUGCGGCGGCUCUCUGAUUGCCCAGGGCUGGAUCCUCACAGCCGCCCACUGCACCGAAGGAUCGGCCAUACUCAUCUCCAAGGUCCGCAUCGGAUCGUCGCGAACUGCUGAGGGUGGACAGCUGGUGGGGAUCAAGCGGGUCCAUCGCCAUCCCAAAUUCGAUGCCUACACCAUUGACUUUGACUUCUCGCUCCUCGAGCUGCACGCGUAUAGUGUGGAGAACGUGACCCAGGCCUUCGUGGGACUGCCCGAACAGGAUGCGGACAUUGCCGAUGGCACACCCGUCCUGGUUUCCGGCUGGGGGAACACGCAGAGCAGCCAGGAAUCCACAGCCGUUCUCCGGGCCGUAACCGUGCCCAAAGUCAGCCAGACGCAGUGCACCGAGGCCUAUGGCAACUUCGGAAACAUCACGGACCGCAUGCUAUGCGCUGGACUGCCGGAGGGCGGCAAGGAUGCCUGCCAAGGUGACUCGGGCGGUCCGCUGGCCGCCGACGGCAUCCUUUGGGGCGUCGUCUCCUGGGGCUACGGAUGUGCCAGGCCAAACUAUCCAGGCGUCUACUCACGGGUCGCUGCGGUCCGCGACUGGAUUGCGUCUAUUAGUGGCAUCUGAGGUCGGUAACCCAUAAAAUUUUAACUACAAAUAAACUUUAAUAAAUA